AUGUACGUUCACUGCAAAGAAGGCACGGGACGCAGUGUGGCGGUGACCUUGUGUUGGCUCGUGGCUGCUCGUGAAAUGGAUUCUUUAGCGGCACAAGAGUAUCUGAGUGGGAAACGCCACGUGCGCAAAGUCGCUUUACUUGCAUCCAGAUGUCCGGAUGGAGUGCUGCCAAGGAGAAGGAAAAAACUCUGGAUUCUGUCCGAUCAGAAACUUCGCGUCGAGAACGUCAAUGCGUUGCUGGAUAUCCACAUGGCGAACUUUGAACGGUACAUGAUCGAGAAAAUGAAGUUGGCGCGCUCGCAUUCGUUUUACCAUGCAAAAGGCCUGGGACUCUUUGCGGUGCCAUGUCAAUCUAUUGCAAAGCUUUACACUGCCAACGUAGGACAUCUGAAAGGGGCAGCGCAAGUGAGGCACAAGCGAGCCCGAAGAUAUAGUAGAAAAUGGGGGUUCUUCGAUAAUCAAGACGUACUUGGACGUGACGCAGAGCAAGGUGCAUGCUGGAGAGGCGGGGCAAAGAAAAGGGAGUUCAAGGACGUGACGGGCGUCAUGGAAGGCGUGCAGUCGUACUUUGACCGAGACCUGGCAGAUCUGGGCACUCGCAACUAUCGUACUCUAUGCUGCGUUCCAACUGCAUCUGUUGCCCAAGCAGCAGCCCAAGUCGCAGCCCAAGUCGUAGCUCAAGUAUUCUUUUUCCUGACGUGGCCACUCUCGUACUUAUCGCAACGUCAGAAGUACUGGACGCUGGUGGACUCGCAUGUCCUGCUGGGAGCAGCGUCCACAGCUUUUCUGCCUCAUGUUGACGCUCCAGUAGCUUGUGGGGUUGAUGCAGUUGUCAAUCUACGUGAUGAGUACGCAUGCCCUAUGGAGCAGUACAAGAGACACCACAUCCAGCAGCUUCAACUGCCGACAGUUGACCACUUUUCGCCUUCACUUGAGGCAUUAACAGCAGCUGUUGCGUUCAUUUAG